UCGAACACCACAGUCUCCCUGUCUCGACAUCCAUUCAAAAUCUAAAUCAAAAUUUUAAAUUUUUUUUCUCAAAACUUUUUAAAUUGCGUGCGGAUAUUCUAAAUUUUGCAGAAACUAAAGGCUAGCGUAAAUUCCCUUUCGGUAUCAGUGCAAAAGUUAAGGUUCCUUCUUUCAGAAUGUCUGAGAAAUCGGAAAAACCACCAAAAAUUGCAGAAAACUUUCUGUACAUGUUUGAGUUUGUGGUGGACGAUCUGCUGAUUACACGACAGAAUAUGUGUGCGCCGGAGGAGUAUCCCACCUGCACGGAGAUCACGUUCCGGUCGUCGGUGUACGUGAAUCUGUGCGAUCGGGAGGUGGGCACCUGUGUAAACCCUUGUUCGCCCAAGUGCGGAAAGUGUGCCCUCUUCACUCUGGAUUCCCCGAUUACCGACAAGGAUGUGCUGCAGGUGCAUGUGUACAAAAAGCGCACGGAGAGUUGCAAGUUUUUGAUUGGAUUAUCGGAGCUGAAGGUGAAGCCCAUCUUUGAUCGGGUAAAAGAGUCCUUCGAUGCGGAAAAUCCGGCCUGGGAGGGGGCAAUGCUGGGUCACAUUGCCCAAUUGCCCAAGAUGAAGGGUCCGAAUAGCAAGGGUCUCCUGGACAAUUGUGCUUGCUAUGAAAAACUAAAUGAACGCCAUGAGCAGUGGUGUCCCACUUCGGAGCUAUCUAAGCGAUUGCUGCCCCUGUUCAAUCUCUGCAAGAUGCAGACUGGAAACAUAGUGCUGAUCCUCAGAUUGGUUUGCAAUGGCCCGGCCAUAGUUUCCACAUUCCCCUUCAGUAAGGUCUGCUCCCGGAAUCCCAAGUGCCCGGAGCCCUGCUGCGGUCCCUGUGGACCCUGCCCACCACCUCCUUGCUGCGGCAACUGUCCUCCCUGCUGCAGUCCACCUCCUCCUGGGUGCGGUACUGCCCCGUGUCCUUCUCCCUGUCCGCCACCCUGUGAUCCCUGCGAUCCGUGCGAUCCCUGCGGCCCUUGCUGUGGUGCCGGAGGAACUGCCACCGGCGGACCUAUGGAAAAGAAUAAGUGCUGUAAGGGUCCUUGUGCUCAGCCUCCUUGCCGUCGCUGCACUAUGGUGGAUCCUUGUGCCAAGCGCGUCGAGCCGCCGGCCAAGUGCCUAAGAUACUACUCCUGCAACCUGGACAAGCUAUGUCCCUGUGAUUACUGUGAGGACGAGUUCGACAGAGAAUGUCCCACUGUUCCUUCAAGGCGUUGUAACAUGUCACCCAUCGAACAAAAGCUGCAAAAAUGCGGACCAUGCGGCGGCAUUCCCCCGUAUCCCCGCUUCAUCCAAGAAAAGUUGGAUGCAGUACUCCUGGGCAAGCCGACCCCAGACCCCAAAAAGGACAAGGAUGGCAAAAAGGACAAGGAUGGCAAGAAGGACAAGGAUGCCAAGGGUGGAAAGGACAAGGGCAAGAAAAAGCGACAGGCCGGAGGUGCCGUUUACUGUGUAGGAGACCACAACGGUCCAUCUGCCAUUUACGAAGACCGCGAUCCUGUCUGCGAUGGUGUCCUCCAGGCAACUAAGAAAAUGAGGUAUGAUCCCAUUGUCAAGUGCAACAGGCGGGAAGACGAGUACGACAUGGCAUGCGAUGAAGCACGAAAACGGGCUGUGCGGAAAUUGCGACACUUACUCCUGAAGUAUAAUAUCCAAAUUGAGAAUUAAAGGCCUUUCGAACUGAGAGUAUAUCUCUACUCUUAAGACAGACAACAUCUGCAAAAGAACCCAGUGAAUAGUUAUAUAUUAUAAAGACAGUUAAUCAUACA